AUGAGUAUCUUCUUACUCCCUUCCUCCUUGAUUGAUGAAAUUGAAAAAAUGUUGAACUCGUUCUGGUGGGGUCAUACAAAAGAUAACUCAAGAGGUAUUCAUUGGUUGUCAUGGGACAAGCUAUCUAUGCCUAAGAAAUUUGGUGGUAUGGGGUUCAAAAAUCUAAGUGCUUUCAAUUAUGUCAUGUUAAGCAAACAAGCUUGGAGCCUUAUGACUAAGCCUAACACCUUGGCUUCGCGCCUUUACAAGGCUAGAUACUUUCCUAAGUGUGAUUUUCUUAGUUCAGAGAUUGGACAUAAUUCGAGUUACAUCUGGCGUAGUAUUUGGAGUGCUAAAUUUGUGGUGCGAGGAGGGUACAAGUGGAGCAUUGGUACGGGAGAGUGCAUCUCGGUUUGGGAUCAAAACUGGUUAUACGACAGCUCCGCGGUUACUAAUUUGUGGCCCGACAAUUCGAUGGUGGCAAAUCUCAAAGUUUCGAAUCUUAUUAACCCAACUGGCAAACAAUGGAAGUUGAAUUUGAUUUAUCCGUUAGUAGGUGGUGAAGUGGCGCAUAAAAUUGCAAACACUCCAUUAUUCGAAGCGGUUCAUGAGGAUAGAGUGUUUUAG